CUUCUUCUGAGAAAGUUUUUAUUCAUCUGCUACUUUGCUAGAUAGCUAGAGGCUUUCAAGAAUUCAAUAAAUAGUAACACCAACAUCAAACUCAUUGGCUAGCCCCUCCUAUUCUUGUUUUCAUCACAUUCCUUAUCCUCCCUCACCCUCUCAACAACAAUGGACCAUAGCUACCCUUCACUUCCUCUUCUCUCCAUUUUCCUUCUCUUGCUUCCUCCCCUGAUCUCAUCUCAAAUCUGCCAGAGAAACUGUGGCAAAGAGACUCUCAAGUACCCUUUUGGCAGUGGCCCUGGUUGUGGCGACCCUCGCUUCCAACCACACGUGUCAUGUAGCCAACAAAAGCUCACUUUCACCACUCACACAGGCUCCUACCCUGUGACCUCAAUUGACUACACCAACCAAGUCAUACACAUCUCAGAUCCCACCAUGUCAACAUGCUCUUGCACUGUCCCUAGCAAAGGCUUUGGCUUAAACUGGGACGCACCAUUUACUUUUGCUGAAAGCACCAUCUUUGCUCUAGUAGACUGUGCAAUGAACUCAUCAUCUAUAUGCAAAUCAAGUGGCUACGAUGAUGGGAACAAUUCUAACCUUCUUUGUGAUCAAGGCUCACCAAUUUGUAGUCUUCUGUAUUCAUGCAGGCCUAUUAGUACUAUCAACCUUCCAAUCUCCACAUGCUGUGUUUACACGCCAGUUAAUCUUGGACCAUCGUUUGAAAUGGAUCUGCAGAAGCUGCAAUGCCCUUCGUACACGGGCUUUUACAACUUCAAUGAUCAACAAUCGGAUCCUGAAAAGUGGAAUUAUGGAAUAGCACUUAAGUACAAGUUUAGUGUCACAAAUGACUAUCCUACUUCCUGUGCUGCUUGUGAAAGGAGCUAUGGAGUGUGUGGGUAUACUGGUGCCUAUAACUCGUUUAUCUGCAACUGUCCUAAUGGGAUUAACACAACAACGGAUUGUUUCUUCACAUCAUCUUAUAAUGCUGGUUUUAGAAAGGGGGUUGCUUGGUUGAUCUAUCCUGUGGUAUGGUCUCUAGUUUGGUUCUUCUUGUGACCCAACAAGUAACCAACAGUCAUAAAAGGAUUCUUAUUGCACUAUAUAUAAAGAUGAGAUCGGCUACAUAUAUCACAAACCUGACAAGUAACCAAUGAACAUAUAUUUUCUGAAGGGUUUCACAAGUUUGAGUGUUGGGAACUUUCAUUGUUUAUGAGUGACUUUCUUGGUUAAAAGAAUUUGGCCAUUCAUUUUGGGUGUCCUUAGGUGGCAGAUGUGUGCACAUGCAGCCUGCAAUUUGAAUUUCCUCUUAGUUCAUGUAUGUUCAAUGAAUGCCAAAAAUUUAUUUAUGAAAUUUAUAAUAGAUUGUCGGCAUGUCAGUUACUGUAGUUCAAGUGGUAAAGGGUUUGAUUCCUAUUUGUA